AUGCAGUGCUACACCGAGCUCGUUCCCCCGACGCUGGUGACCUGCUCCGUGUCGCUUCCCUUCACCUCGCCCAAGACCGAAAACCUCAUCGUCUCCAAGGGCUCGCUGCUUCAGAUCUUCGCCGUCAAGACCGUGUCCACCGAAAUCGACACGUCCCAGAUCCAGGCCAAGUCAACGAGCAACGCUGGCGAGACCUAUGACAGGCGCAUCAACGACGACGAUGGUCUCGAGUCCGCUUUCCUCGGGGGCGAUGGCAUGCUCAUGCGCGCCGAUCGCACGACCAACACACGACUUGUCCUCGUUGCCGAAUAUCCUGUCCACGGCGUCAUCGCAGGGCUGGCGCGCGUCAAGAUCCAGAGCUCCAGGUCAGGAGGCGAGGCUCUGCUCGUCCACAGUCGCACGGCGCGGUUGAGUCUCCUGCAGUGGGACCCCGAGAAGCAUGGCGUCGAGGAUAUUUCCAUUCACUUUUACGAAAAAGAGGAGUGGCAGGGUUCGCCGAUGGACGGCCCCCUGCGACAGCAUGCCACCAUCCUCCAAGCCGACCCGCAGUCGCGAUGCGCCGCCCUCAAGUUCGGCCUGCGCAAGAUCGCCUUCCUCCCCUUCCGACAGAUCGACGGCGACAUAGACAUGGAUGACUGGGAUGAGGAGGUGGACGGCCCGCGGCCGCAAGAGGAGCCGCCAGCAGCUGCGGCCGUCCAUGGAUCUAGCAGCAACAGCAGCAGCUUAGCACCUGUACCAUACACUCCCUCCUUCGUCCUCGCGCUGCCCCAGCUUGAUCCCGAGAUCCUUCACCCUGUGCACUUCGCCUUCUUGCACGAGUACCGCGAACCCACCCUCGGCAUCAUCUCCUCCACCAACCGCCGCCUCAAGAUGGAACCCCAAAAGGACCACUUUACCUUCAAGGUCUUUACCGUCGACCUCCUCCAAAAGGCCUCUCUGAACAAGGUCAUCGCUCUGCCGAAGCCCAUGGGUGGCGCCCUCCUCAUCGGCGAGAACGAGCUGAUCCACAUCGACCAGGCCGGCAAGGCCCACGGCGUCGCCGUCAAUCCGUACGCCGCCAAGAUGACCAAGUUCCCCCUGGCAGACCAGUCCGAGCUCAAACUGCGGCUGGAGCACUGCGAGGUCGAGCUCAUGUCGCCAGAGAACGGCGAGAUGCUGCUCGUGACGCGGCACGGCGAGAUGGCCGUCGUCACCUUCAAGAUGGAUGGCCGCAGCGUCUCCGGCGUCAGCGUCAAGGUCGUCGCCACGGAAAAUGGGGGCGACGUCCUUCCCUUCCGGGCCGCGUGCCUGACCAAGGUCACCAAGAACAGCAUGUUUUACGGCACGAUCGGCGGUGACUCUAAAGUGAUCGGCUGGAGCAGGCAACAUGUGCAAACGGCACGGAAGAAGGCGCGUCUGUUGGACGAGUCACUCGACUAUGACCUCGACGACGAUGAAGCCGACGACGACGACGACGACGACGACGACCUGUACGGCGAGGGCACGGUGGCCCCUCAACCUUCGGCUGCCGCUGGAUCGGCCAAGGGCGGAGACGUGGUGUUUCGCGUCCACGACUCGCUGCUCAGCCUGUCCCCCAUCAUGGACAUGACAUAUGGCAAGACGGCCUUCUUCCCCGGCAGCGAGGAUGCAAAGAACUCGGAAGGCGUGCGGUCCGAGCUCGACCUUGUGUGUGCCGUCGGACGGCAUCGCGGGGGCUCCCUGGCUCUCAUCAACCAGCACAUUCAGCCCAGGGUCAUCGGACGCUUUGACUUUCCAGAGGCUCGUGGCUUUUGGACGACGCGCGUGCAGAAGACGAUUGCCAAGUCCCUCCAGGGGGACAAGGGGGCCAAUCUGGCCGUCGGCAACGACUACGGAUCUGUGACGCAGUAUGAUAAAUUUAUGAUCGUGGCCAAGGUCGACUUGGACGGCUAUGAAACGUCAGACGUCUACGCACUUACAGGUGCAGGCUUUGAGGCUCUCUCCGGCACCGAGUUUGACCCCGCCGCUGGACUGACGAUCGAGGCCGGAACGAUGGGCAACGACAUGAGGAUCAUUCAGGUGCUCCGUUCUGAAGUCCGUUGUUACGACGGAGAUCUUGGUCUCAGCCAGAUACUUCCCAUGCUGGACGAGGAGACGGGCGCCGAACCGCGCGUCAUUAGCGCCAGUAUCGUAGACCCCUACCUUUUGCUUCUGCGCGAGGACUCGAGCAUUCUUGUUGCCCAGAUUACGAAUCACAACGAGCUGGAGGAGCUCGACAAGGAGGACGAAACAAUCGUCUCCACCAAGUGGCUCAGCGGGUGUCUCUACAAGGACUCGCGCGGCCUUUUUGCACCCGUGCAGACGGACAAGGGGACCUCGACGAGCGAGAGCGUCUUCCUGUUCUUGCUCAACGCGAUAGGCGAACUCCAUGUGAGGAUAUGCGUUUAUGCACUGCCCAACCUCUCAAAGUCCAUAUACGUCGCCGCCGGGCUUUCCUACAUCCCAUCCCUUCUUUCCGCAGACUACACCGCCCGCCGAGGCACCAGUCCCGAGACUCUCACCGAGAUCCUGGUUGCUGACCUCGGAGACUCUACCAGUGCAUCCGCACACCUGAUUCUACGACACGCCAAUGAUGACAUGACAAUAUACGAGCCGUUCCGGAUCGGCGGCCAGGAGGAAAAGGAAGACUUGGCCAACUCUCUGUUCUUCAAAAAGGUGUCCAACUCACACCUCGCCAAGAGCCCGGUCGAGGCUGCUGAGGAUGAGGCCGUCCAGGAGAACCGUGUGAUUCCUCUACGAGCUUGUGACAACAUUGGUGGUUACAGCACAGUCUUCCUCCCGGGAGCAUCCCCAUCCUUCAUCCUCAAAUCCAGCAAGAGCACACCCAAGGUCAUCGGCCUCCAAGGCCUCGGCGUCAACGGCAUGAGCUCCUUCCACACGGAGGGCUGCGAGCGCGGGUUCAUCUACGCCGACUCCAAAGGCUGUGCUCGCGUGACGCAAUUUCCUGAUGCCGCCAACGUGGCCGAGCUUGGCGUGUCUGUCCGCAAAGUGCCCAUCGACACGGCGGUCAGCCAUGUGGCGUGGCAUCCCAACAUGGAGGUGUACGCUGUGGCGUCCAGCAAGCUCGAGCCCUUUGAACUGCCCAAGGACGACGACUACCACAAGGAGUGGGCCAAGGAGGAAUGUCCCAUGCCGCCCAUGAAGGAGCACGGCAGCAUCAAGCUGUACUCGCCAAUCACCUGGAACGUCAUUGACGAGUUUGAGCUGGAGCAGUACGAGGUCGCCAUGUGCAUGAAGACGUUGCUUCUCGAAGUGUCGGAAGAGACGAAGGAGCGGCGCAUGCUCUUCGCCGUCGGCACCGCCAUCCUCCGCGGAGAGGACCUGCCGGUCCGCGGCCGCAUUCUCGUCUUUGACGUCGUCCACGUCAUCCCCCAGCCAGACCGACCCGAGACGGACCGCAAGCUGAAGCUCAUCGCCAAGGAGGAGAUCCCGCGCGGCGCCGUCACCUCGCUCUGCGAGGUGGGCACGCAGGGCUUGAUGCUGGUGGCCCAAGGCCAGAAGUGCAUGGUCCGGGGUCUCAAGGAGGAUGGCACGCUGCUGCCGGUGGCCUUUCUCGACAUGAGCACCUACGUUGUCGCCGUACACGAGCUGCGCAACACGGGCUACUGCCUCAUGGCAGACGCCAACAUGGGCGUGUGGUUCGUGGGAUACUCGGAGGAGCCCUACCGCAUGACGCUCUUUGGCAAGAGCGGCACGCAGCUCAAGUGUCUGACGGCCGACUUUCUCGUCGCCGGCAACGACCUGAGCAUCGUGGCGUCUGACGAGGACGGCGUGCUGCACAUCCUGCAGUUCGACCCUGAACACCCCCGAUCUCUCCAGGGCCACCUCCUCCUGAACCGUGCCUCCUUCUCCGUCGCCCCGAACCACGCGUGGGCCACCCUCGUCCUCCCCCGAACAACGACGCGUCCCUACCUACCGCAAUCGGAACCGGCCACCGGCGCCGCCGGGUCCCAGAACCGCACGCAGACGCUCCUCCUCGCCUCGGCCUCCGGCGCCAUCGCCUCCCUGAACCCCAUCACCGAGCACGCCUACCGCCGCCUGACCUCGCUGACGACGUCCCUCGCCAACGCCCUGCCGCACGCCGCCGGGAUGAACCCCAAGGCCCACAGGCUGCCCCCCCAAGACGGCGCCGCGCGCCCGCCGGCCGUCGACGUCUCGGCCGGCAGGACCAUUGUCGACGGCGCGCUGCUGGCGCGGUGGAAUGAGCUCGGCGCGCGGCAGAGGGCCGAGGCCGCCGGCAAGGGCGGGUUCGCUUCGGCGGCCGACGUCAGGGGCGAGCUCGAGGACGUGCUCGGCUGGAGGGGGGUGGACUAUUUCUAG